CUCUCCAUCUUCCAAAUCCCACCACCACAUCCGUUUGGUGGAUCGAUAUGAUAUUACUCCAAUAUCGAUCGCAUCCUCUACCUUCCUUACCUCAAUCCACCAUAAAACUCCACUAUAAAACCUAUCCAACCUCACAAAACAGAACCCAAGGCAGCAAAGGUAAAAAGAAAAACCACAGCAGCAAAAGCAGCCGCCGCAUCAUCAACAACAGCGCCGACGAUGGAAAGACUCUCAUUGGUUUUCUCAUUCACCAUUGCACUAUUCACCAUCGUCACUGCACAGUCUCCAUCCCCGGCACCAGUAGCACCAGUAGUACCAGUGGCACCAGUGGUACCAGUGGUACCAGUGGCACCAGUGGCACCACUGGUACCAGUGACAUCCCUGGCACCAGCGCCAGCAGGGCCGACCAAUAUCACCGCAAUACUCGAGAAGGCUGGUGGGUUCACAAUUCUUAUCCGGCUCCUCCAGAGCACCUCCGUGGGCGAUCGGAUCAACAUCCAGCUCAACAACUCCAAUGGCAUCACCCUAUUCGCCCCCACCGACAGUGCCUUCUCCAGACUCAAGAACGGCACCCUCAACAGUCUCACUGAUGAGCAGAAGGUGAAUCUCAUCCAAUUCCACGUACUCCCCUCCUUCAUCCCCCUCUCGCAGUUUCAGACAGUUAGCAACCCUCUUCGCACUGAAGCCGGCGACAUCACUAAAUAUCAGUUCCCACUCAACAUCACCUCCUCCGGCAACACAGUCAACAUCAGUACUGGGAUCAACAAAGCCUCAGUUGCCAGCACUGUCUACACUGAUGGCCAGCUCGCUGUCUACGAGGUGGACAAGGUGCUGCUUCCGCUCAACAUCUUCGGCCCUCAUCCGCCUCCUGCUCCGCCGGCUCCUUCUCCUUCCAAGCACAAGAAGCCUUCCCUCUCUUCUACCACUUUGGCUGCGCCUCCAUCGGACAAUGCUUCUAGCAAACUGUAUGUGAAAGUGUAUGCAUUGGAGUCAUUUGCGAUGGGGGCAGCUGUGAUUGCGGCAUUUUGGUUUUGAUCAUCGAUCAUCUGCAUCUCUCUUUCGAUCUCUCUAUCUCUUUCUGAAUUCUAAGAGUGUUGUUGCUUGUGAAGUACUUUGUUUUUUGUUUUUUUCGGAGAAGCUUUUGUGAUGAGAACGGGCGGACGAGUUUGGAUGUGUAAGCUUUAUCCGCCCGGAUGUGUAAGCAUUCUCUGUUCUUGCUUGCUUACCCUGUGAGAUUGGAUUUGUAUAUUCAUCUUGUGUAAUAAAAUUUCACUUCAAGAGAUUGUAAUACGAUUAUCAUUGUCAUUUAGUACGUUUUUUUUUUUUUUUCUUCUAAAGAGAUCAAAUUCUUCUGUACCCGGAUAAGGCCCAGGACUCGGCAGUCGCCCAGUUAGGUUGACCUAUUGGCUUUUGGUUUUUGAAAAUUGCUGAACAGAGAGCUGACAAAGGUAUCUUCCCAUUUUUAUUUACGACUCCGGAUCCUCUGCUUGCCACACGCUUGCUGCAUGGUGAUUGGUCCAGUUUAAAUAUAGCGUGAUGACGUGGGGCCAGGAUUUUCCUGCUUGGGGCGACAGGAGGAUCCGGAUUAUUAUUUUUUUAUUGAGUGCGGAUCCGUACUAUUUAUUUAGCUAUCUUUUCCUUUUUCGGGCGCAGCGAUCCUCGGAUCCACCAAGGUCGGUGGGACCCUGACCGUAGGGCUCCUUGUGAUGUUAGUUUAUUAAAGCUUACCCAAAUCUACGGUGGACCACGCUACAAGAGACAAAUCAUUAUUGAGUCCCCCAUCAUUAAAAA